CAGGGGGUAAAAAGUGAAUUAACCAUAUCAUAGGCACAUGGUACUUCCCUGCUCAGAUUACACUACAAAAUCUGGGCAGUUCCUAAGAUAGAACUAGAGAAGGGGAUUUGGGAGUGUGAGCAGCACUUGGAGCAGAGCACAGCUGACAUGGCUGGGAACAAAAGGUGACAGGAGAACUCGCCACAUCUGCAUUGCUGCUCAUACACAGGAUCUAUGAGAAAAGGUAACUCAGGAAACCGCCGCAGAUUCGGAGCUGAAGCCCCAGCCCUGCAGGAGAGCAGCCAAGGCUGAACGUGCGAGGUUGGACCGGAGCCGCGUUCCCUCGGGACGACGAUGGCCAGGGCCCGGAGCUGGCAGCAGAGCCCUUGGGAUGCCCUGCUCCUGGUGCUGCUGUGCACGGGCAGCUGCCAGGCUCAGAGGGACUGCACGGGUGCCGAGUGCCAGCCCCUGGAGAACUGCAUCGAGGACGUGCUGGAGCCCGGUGAGUGCUGCGCCACGUGCCUGCAGCACGGCUGCACCUGCGAGGGCUACCAGUACUACGACUGCGUCAACGUGGGCUUCGUCAACGGCAAAGUGCCCGAGGGACAGUCCUACUUCGUGGACUUCGGCAGCACCGAGUGCUCGUGCCCCAAGGGAGGGGGCAAGAUCAGCUGCCAGUUCAUGCUGUGCCCGGAGCUGCCCCCGAACUGCAUCGACGCGGUGGUGCCGGCAGAUGGGUGUCCCCAGUGCGGCCGCAUCGGCUGCCUGCACGAGGGACAGAAGUACGUGGCGGGGCACACCUUCCACAUGCCCCCUUGCAAGGUGUGCCACUGCCCCAACGCCGGCGGGGAGCUGAUGUGCUACCAGCUGCCGGACUGUGACACGUUCUCCCUGAACACGGCCAGCCCGGGGGACGCCGAGGACGGCGAGCCCGAGAGGCACUACGACGAUCCCUACAGCUACGACCAGGAGGCCUCGGAGGGAGACAACACCCAGGUGGAGUCUCCAAAGAAGUACAGGAGUUACUCGUCCCACCUGGAGCACGAGAGCCUCAGCCAGGAGCAGGGUGAGGACUAUGACUACCUAGCGGCCAGCGUGGCUCCCCCGGCGCUGGCCACGACCGACCCUCACACCCAGGCCACGGUGGCGCCCGGCCCCACCCAGGCGCCCAGGGGCCACGCCGAGUCCCGCGGGGCCACGGAGCGCGGCCGGAGGCUGCCCCGCACCACGGCACCCUCCCUCCAGCAGGUGACACACAAGGAGACGGCAGCCACCACCGGGGCUCCUCCACAGCACACCACGGCCACCACCGAGACACCCCAGCGCCUGGAAGAGCUGGAGAGGAGGCCAAAGGGGAACAAAGAGAGGCACGAGCAAGAAAGAGCCCCUCACUCUAAAAUGAAAAAGCAUGCCAGGAAGGAAGAGCCAGAGAACAGCAUGUAUCAGGGCUUGAAAGAGGUGAACUUCACAGAGCCCAGCUCAGCAAGGCCAUCCCAUGAGAGCCUCGAGGGGAAUGAUUUCCCCAAGGUGAAGUUCAGUGCAACAACCUCUCCUCCUGUGGCUCUAAAGGAAGACCGUAGCCAGUCCUCCCCAAAGCAGUCACAGACUCUGUAUCGUUACCAUCCUGAGGAGGAUGGAGACCCCAACUCCAUCCACGCUAACCCUAGGCUGCCAGAAGGUUCCACGAAGGAGUUGAUUGAGAGCUGCUGUGGAGCUGGUCAGCAGUGGGCUAUAGACAACGGGGAGUGCACAGAAAUCCCUGUAAGUGGAAUGGAUGGUGAUAUUUGCAGGAUUGCCCAGAAGCAGUGCUGCGUGUCCACGGUGAGGGAGAACAGCUGCCUGGCCGGGAUGCUCGCCGCCAAGGAUGGGGACACGUGUGGCCCCGAGGACAGCGACCCCUGCGCCGGCUCCUCCUACAAGCAAUGCUGUGAUUGCUGCAGCCUGGGCCUGCGCCUGAGGAGCGAGGGGAAAACCUGCGAGUCCAACAUCAACCUGGGCUACCCCUGCAGCCAUGUGCUGCUGUCCUGCUGUGAAGGGGGGGAUCACUUUGUGCAUCCCGAGAUCAAACGGCAUCCUGAGCCUUUGCCGACGGUGACCCCCGAGAAGGUUUCAGAGAGGGAGGAUCACCACGAGGCGCUGUCCAUCAGCAGUGAGGCUGAGCUGUCCAACAGCCUGCCUGGAGAUGACCUGGAUGAGUGUCUGCUCUACGGGGGGGAGCUCUGCCAGCACCUGUGCAUCAACACUGUGGGCUCCUACAAGUGCUCGUGUUUCCCAGAGUUCACCCUGCAGGAAGAUGGCACCAGCUGCUCUCCAGACCCUGACAGAGGACAGGUGACCAGGCUGGAAGCUGAAGCCACCAUCCCUACAGUAGCUUCUCCCUCCCAGCCCAUCCUUGUGGUGUCCUUGCAGGAAGAGCAGGACAAGUGCAAAGAUAACGGCCCCUGCAAGCACCUGUGCAACAUUGUGGAAGGAGAUGCUGUGUGCUCCUGCAUGGCUGGGUACACGCUCAUGGCUGAUGGGGUUUCCUGUGAAGAUUUGGAUGAGUGCCUCUCAGGUGCUCAAGCUUGUUCCAGCGGACAAUUGUGUGAGAACACACUGGGAUCAUUCUCCUGUGUCAGCCCCAGUGGGAUGUGUGCAGAGGGCUUUAUUCUCAACAGGCAUAGGAAAUGUGUUGACAUCAACGAAUGUGUGACAGAGAGACACACCUGCCAGAGGAGAGAGCACUGUGUCAACACCAUGGGCUCCUUCCGCUGCCUGCAGGAGCUGAGCUGCCAGCCCGGCCACGAGCUGAAGGACGGGGAGUGUGUGGAUAUCGACGAGUGUGAGAGAGGAACUCACAGCUGCAAAGUGAACUUUGUUUGUCAGAACACAGAGGGGUCCUUCUACUGCGAGUCCAAGCAGCGCUGCAUGGAUGGGUUCCUGCAAGACCCUGAGGGGAACUGUGUGGAUAUCAAUGAAUGUACGUCCCUCCCUGAGCCCUGCAAGCCAGGAUUCAACUGCAUUAACACGGUGGGGUCCUACACAUGCCAGAGGAACAUGCUGAGCUGCAGCAGAGGCUACCACUCCAACGAGGAGGGCACACGCUGUGUCGAUGUGGACGAGUGCCAGACUGGGGUGCACCGGUGUGGAGAGGGGCAGCUGUGCCACAACCUGCCCGGGGGCUAUCGCUGUGACUGCAAGAUGGGCUAUCAGUACGACUCCUUCAGCCGCAGCUGCAUCGACAUCAACGAGUGCUGGAACUACCCCGGGCGCCUGUGCCAGCACACCUGUGAGAACACCCCCGGCUCCUACCACUGCUCCUGCUCCUCCGGCUUCCGCCUCUCCUAUGACGGCAAGCACUGCGAAGAUGUGAAUGAAUGUGAUAACAGUCCCUGCAGCCAGGAGUGUGCCAACGUUUAUGGUUCCUACCAGUGUUACUGCAGGCAAGGCUUCCAGCUGGGAGAAGAUGGGCAUUCUUGUAAAGAUAUUGAUGAGUGCACACAGAGCGCUGGUAUCCUCUGCACCUUCCGCUGCCUCAACAUCCCUGGCAGCUACCAGUGUGCCUGUCCUGAGCAGGGCUACACCAUGGCAGCCAACGGCAGGACCUGCAGAGAUAUUGAUGAGUGUGCAAUAGGAACCCACAACUGCUCAGCUGCAGAGACUUGCUACAACAUCCAGGGUAGCUUCCGCUGCCUGUCCUUCGAGUGCCCUUCUAACUACAGGAAGGUGUCUGACAUGAGGUGUGAACGCAUCAGCUGCUUCAACUACCUGGAGUGCCAGAACACCCCGGUGCGCAUCACCUACUACCAGCUCAACUUCCAGACCAACAUCGUGGUGCCCGCCCACAUCUUCCGCAUCGGGCCCUCGCCCGCCUACGCCGGGGACAGCAUCGUCCUCACCAUCACCAAGGGCAACGAGGAGGGCUUCUUCAGCACCCGCAGGCUCAACUCCUACACGGGCAUUGUCUACCUGCAGCGCCAGGUCAAGGAGCCCAAAGACUUCCUGUUGGACGUGGAAAUGAAACUCUGGCGGCAGGGAACCUACACCACUUUCCUUGCCAAAAUCUACAUUUUCAUCACAGCUCAUGCCUACUGAAGCCUGUGCUGACGUUGGAUUUUAUUGGUGCUAUGCUCUUUAGCUGUUCUACCAAAGCUUAAUACCGUUGAACUGGCGUUUCAUGUAUCUAGCCUUUAUAUUAUUUUUCUAUCGUUGCUUUAAACUUUCUUAUUGGUUGUGUAAAUUAAGUUAAUUUUUAUCUUUUUAUGUUCUGUUUUCUUAUGCAAUUCUGUACAUCAUCAUCUGCCAAUGAACGAAGGGUAAGAAAGGCAGUGCAGACCUUGUGAUAAAUGCUGGGACCUUUUCUUAGCAAUGAUUUUUAGGUGUAGUCACUUCUGCAGGGUGUUGCACUAGAGAGGGCAGGUGUUCACAUGGGAGUACUGGGAAAAAACCUGGAAUGAUUUCUCUUUCUGACACAAAGUUCUGGUUUGGCCUCACUGGGAUGUCUCUGCUGAGGUGCUGAGUCCAAGGCCAUCCAUGGACAUUGAUGGUGACCCCACCUCCUGCUCCCGGGUUAUUUUCCUCCUUCCAACUUUCAUAAUAUAUUGCCUUAAUAUAUAUAAAAAUAAAAGAAAACUCCACCAGUGAAAAAGUCUAUGGACGAGUCUUGCUUUAGUAGGAGUGCUCAUGUGCUGAAUAUUUGCAAGACCAAGGCCUUACCAGAAUGUUAACACUCUGAGUUAAAAGCUCACAUUGCCAUUUUUAGUAGUUGUCUUUAAAGGUGUUGGUGUUCUCUGUUCCUCACUCUAUAACACGCAAGUGCAGAGCUAAAGCUUUGUAAUUCUCAAAGGAAUUUCCAAGUGGAAAUAAUGAAAUAAUAAUUAUUGCUCCUUAUUUUAAAGCUUGGUCAUGUCCCUGAGCAAUAACUUGCAAUUUCAAAUAGAUGAAAAGGGGAGUUGCUUCUCUACUUCAGCAAAAUGCCUCCAGUGGUGUUGCCAAAUGAUUCAGAGAAAAAUGCCAGUGAAAUUGGUGGGUUGUAUUUUUCCAUUUAGAAGAGAGCACAAGCGAAGUUUUGAGCUCGAUUUCCUCUGAUUCUUCAGGAAACUGGAUGAAGUCCAACGUAGGAGGCCAGACCUGGCAAAGCGUAAUAUAAUCGAAGUAUUUAUUAGAAUGUAGAAAUGAAUAUCAGAACUUCUUUGUGGCUGUUUUCUUUCUUUUUUUUCCUUCCCUAAAAAGCUCCAGUGUCGCAGUUUUCUGAGCUUCCUUUGUUUCAGCUGUAAUUAUUCUGCAAAAUGUUCUAAAGGAAAAACAUAGCUACAAG